AUGCCGCUCUCACCAUUGUCAGAGAGCGAGUCUCCUCUCCACAAUAAUACCAAUGGAGAUACAUAUGUCAAUCCUUUUGAAAUUUCGGACGAUAUUUCUUCGCCAGAUCCUCAUACAACAAUCGAACCGGACGAUGUUGAUCUUUCGACCCCUGAUACCAUUAAAACUCAAGCCAAAGCGAAAAGUCCAAUUCCUAAAAGCACAACUACCAUUAAUAUUGAGCAAACGCCAAUACCCGUUUCAGGAUCGAUUGGUCAACAACCCAGGCCUUACGCUAGCGAUACUCUUGACGAGCCAGUUUCAGAAACCAUUCUUCGUGAUUUGAGGAAUGUGGCAAUUAAGUUACAACAAGUUCUUCAUCCAAAAGGACGGGAUUUAUGGGGUCCAUUGAUUCUUUGUUUAGCUUUAGCCAUAAUGUUGAGCUUUGCACAUAAAGAUCAACAAGUUAUGGUUUUCACCAGUGUAUUUGUCAUCGUUUGGUGUGGAUCUGCUAUUGUGACGAUAAACGCCAAAUUACUAAGAGGCACUGUUUCAUUUUUCCAGAGCGUUUGUGUUCUAGGUUAUUGUAUUUUUCCAUUAGUGCUCGUUGCGUUUGUAAACAUUUUUGUAAGCAAAAUUUAUAUAAGGCUGCCACUUGUAAUUAUUGCAUUCGGAUGGUCAUCAUACGCAUCUGUAAACUUCCUCUCCGCUUCACAUUUAGCAAAUCGUCGAGCAUUGGCCGUAUACCCUCUCUUCUUAUUUUAUUUCGUUAUUGGGUGGAUGGUAUUAAUAUCUUAA